AGAUGCCGGUGCCAUCCUUCCUGUAGACCGCGACUCGGACGGUCGGCGAUCCACGCCUCGCCUCAUCUCUCAUACCUGACGGUGCCCCUUCACCAAGAUCAUGUUCAAGAAAUUUGACGAGAAGGAAAGUGUGUCCAACUGCAUCCAACUGAAAACUUCCGUUAUUAAGGGUAUUAAGAGCCAACUGACUGAGCAGUUUCCAGGUAUCGAGCCGUGGCUUAAUCAAAUCAUGCCUAAGAAAGAUCCCGUCAAAAUAGUGAGAUGCCAUGAACACAUGGAAAUCCUUACAGUCAACGGAGAAUUACUGUUUUUCAGGCAGAGAAAAGGACCUUUUUAUCCAACGCUAAGACUACUUCACAAAUACCCGUUUAUCCUGCCACACCAGCAGGUCGACAAAGGAGCCAUCAAAUUUGUGCUCAGUGGUGCAAAUAUCAUGUGCCCGGGUUUAACGUCUCCUGGAGCGAAGCUCUACACUGCUGCAGUAGAUACCAUCGUGGCGGUCAUGGCAGAGGGGAAAGAGCAUGCCCUGUGUGUCGGAGUCAUGAAGAUGGCUGCAGCAGACAUUGAGAAAAUCAACAAGGGGAUCGGCAUUGAGAAUAUCCAUUAUCUAAAUGACGGGCUGUGGCACAUGAAGACAUAUAAGUGAGCCUUAGACACAAUACACCUGAGCUAAAUAUAAAUAUUGCGUUGUAUCUCUGUGUGUGUCUGUAUGUGACAUCAUGAAGACAAUACCUCUAUGGUUAUGCUGAAUAAAUUCAACAAAUACCUUUAAAAAACAAAA